AGCACGUUGCCUGAUUUGAUACCCUUUUUCACAAAAAGAGGAAAAGCCUCUCAUCGCAAUCUGUGUGUGUUGUGUGUGUUUUUUGUUUGAUUGAAUCUAAUUUUAAUCCACAAGACAAAAUAAAACCCUAGAGUUCCUCACGCCAUGGGAGAUUCUCCUCGAUCUUCUAUUCAUCUUGCUCUCGGUGGCGACGCAGUUGCUGAUGUGUUGUUGUGGAAGAAUUGGAUUGGAUCGCUUAUUGUGCUUGUGUCUUCCACCGUUUUUUGGAUACUUUUUAAGAUAGCGGGAUAUAAUCUCUUACAAUUUAUCGCCAAUGUGCUGUUGCUUCUUGUUACUAUACUUUUCUUCUGGGCUAAAUCUGCAUCCAUUCUCAACAGGCCUUUGCCUCCUCUUCCUGAUCUGGAUGUUUCUGACGAAACCUUUUUAGCGGUUGCGGAAGUAAUGUGUGAUUGGGGUAAUCGUGCUUUGUCAAUUGCACGUGAUAUAGCUAUUGGAGGAGACUUAAAAGUUCUUCUUCAGGUUGUCUCUAGCUUGUGGCUAAUCUCUGUCAUUGGUGGUCUUUUUGACUUUCUUACUCUGAUCUAUGUUGGAAUUCUUGUUUGUCUAUCAGUUCCAGUGCUGUACGAGAAGCGCCAAGAUCAAAUUGAUGAUAAGCUGAGUACAGCACACAGUGUUUUUCAAGCACAAUACAGGAAAUUAGAUGAUAUGAUUUUGAGCAAGAUUCCAUUCCCUAAAAGCAAGGAAAAGAAGACUCAGUAGAUCUAAUGUAAUGUGCUCUUUGCUUUCCAAUCAUGAGUGACAUACAUAUUCCAAAAGGGCAUCACGGUAAUCACUGUGCUUAUGUUCCUGCAUUAUUAUUCUGGCUUAAAGGCAUCUAGAGAAGUAUUGUCCAGUAAUAAUGUUUUCAUGCUGCUACAGAACUACUGAAAUGACAUUUAGCUAUCAAAAAUUGGUCGUGAAAGUGUUACCUCAAAAUUAUAGCAAGAUAGAUAGAUUGAUUGUUUUGCUACAUUUCUGAUGGUUUGGAUAACUGAUCUAUAGUUUUUACCUGGUACAGCUUAAAAAUGUAGUGGUAUACUGUAAAGAAAUCCCAGAAUUUGAGAUAUCAAAGAAGUUUUUCCAUC